ACGGUCGGAGGCCCUGACAGGACACACAGGACAAUGGCGGCUCUGGAGCCGCCGCCGCCGCGGUUGAGGCCGAUUCAGCAUCACCUGCGCGUGGCUCUGGAGCACGAGAAGCGCGACCCGGUGGUCGCCUAUUACUGCCGCCUGUAUGCCGUCCAGACUGGGUUGAAGCUCGACGACAAAAGUCCAGAAUGUCGGAAGUUCUUGGGGAAACUGAUGGAUUUGCUGGAAAGUAUGAAGAAACAGCUGGCUACCGAGGAGGCGGUUUCCAACGACGUGGUGGGAACGGCACACAUCGAGGGGACAGCGAUCAACCUGUUUACAUACGCUGACAACGAAGACCGAGCUGGGAGGUUUAACAAAAACAUGAUGAGAGCAUUCUUCACUUCCAACCUGUUGUUCGAUGUUCUUGCGGUAUUCGGGGAGCUGUCUGAAGAGAACAUUCAACAGAAGAAAUAUGCAAAGUGGAAGGCAGCUUAUCUCCAUAACUGCUUCAAAACUGGAGAGACUCCAGUAGCUGGACCCAUAGGCAUUGAAGGAGUAUUGUUUGAAGAUGAAGAACAUGAACCUUCCACCUCCGGUGGUGGCCCUCAGUACACGAUUGACUCAAACCUCUCGGAGGAUAUUGCACAUGAGGGGACGUUCUCCAAUAUCCAGGUCCCACACGGUGCCCACGCUCCAGCCAACACUCCAGCAGAGGUGCCACACCACUCAGCACUGCAACCAAUGUCGCAGAACAUGGCUGCCGUCUCCCCAGACCCAUCAUUGUACAGUCAGAGCCCUCAGGGUGACGUGCGGCUGACAGCAGAGGAUUUCACCAGGGCUCAGAAAUACUGCAAAUUUGCGGGCAGCGCCCUACAGUACGAGGAUGUGAACACAGCCGUGCAGAACCUCCAGAAAGCACUCAAGCUGCUAACCAUGGGCAGGGAAUGAGUCCAGUGUCACUGGCCCCGCACUGUACCACAGCCACCACCAUCCCCGCUGGCUCCAACAACUAACUAACCGGCCUGGCCCUGUUCUAACCUGCCCUGCCCUGACCUGACUCAGGAGUAGGCCAACAGUGUGCGUCUGUGUGCACACGUGUGUGUGUGUAUGUGUGUUUGAAGGAUGGGUAUCUCUAGGUGCGGUGGGUGUUUUAUCAGUCGGUGUUGGGUUGCGUGUGUGAGGACAUCUAUUUUUUUGGGUGGGGUCUGGGUGUGGUGAUGGAGUGGGUGAUGCAGAGAUAUUUGGGGGGUGGGGGAAUCUGUGUCUAUGGGUGGGGGGUGGGAGGUAGCGUGUGAGUGGCUUGUGGGUGCAGGGAGAAGGUAUGGGGAGUCAGCGUCCGGCUGUCUUAACACAUCUCCUCUCUACGGUAGCACACUACAUGAGAAAUAGCAUUCUGAGGCCGAAAAGGAGAGAGGUGUGAUUUGGCUGACCUGGGAGAUCACGCGGAGGGGAAGCAGUGGGGGUGGGGAGGUUGGGAUGCGGGACAGUAGAGGAAUGAGUAGCAGUGAUGGCGGGUUGCGUGUGGCGGGGUGGGGGGUCAGGGUGGGUAUUAAAGCUUUGGUUUUCACAGCCUAA